UUUGUAGGAUCUGCUGUUGCUAUUGAACAAAUUUUCUCCAGUGGUUGUGACACAGUUUCACUGUGGUGUGCAAGUCUCAAGCCUGAGACUAUCAGAAUAUUGAUGCUUGUGAAGGCAAGGCUUCAUUUGGCUCAUUUGGGACUAAACAAGCUUAUUCAUGGUUAA